GCUGGUGAUCCACCGAUGCCGAAACCAUGCUGGACCUGCGGCUCGACGGCGCAUCUGGCCAAUGACUGCCCGGUCGCAAAGAAGGCUGGCGCCUUGGGCGAGAUGGCCGAGCCGGAGCCGCCCGAGGGCCUGGGCGGCCUCUUCCUGGCGGCGCUCGACCUGUCGGCAGUGUCCUCGAGCGGCGAGACGGUGCGCUUCGGGAUCGACUCGGGCGCGGCGGUCACGGCGAUCCCGCGCUCGCUGGGGGCCGACUACCCGAUCGCGGAGAAGCCGUCGGGAGCGCAGUGCCUCAGUGCGACGGGUGAGCCGAUCCGAGACGAGGGUCAGCGCAAGCUCAUGGUGCAGACUGGUGGUGCGCUGCGUGGCAUCAGGGCCCGCGUCGCGGGCGUCGGGCGACCGCUGCUCUCGAUCUUCGACCUGGUGAAGAGCGGCCAUCGCGUGGUUUUCGAGCAGGACCAGCACGGCAACGACAUCAGCCACGCCGUCCACAUCGAGAGCGGCAAGACGGCCCGCUUCACGCGGAGGCAGCGUACGUGGGACCUGGACGUGAGCAUCGUGCCAGCAAAGGAGGUCGCCCAGAUGUCCCAGACACUCGUGAAGGAGUUACCGCUCUGCUCGGUCGAGGGCUGCAGUGGCUGCGACAGGCUACAUGGCAAGAAGCGUUUGUGCCCUUUCGGGCGGCAGGUGGAGACGCCGUGGCAGGGGACGACGGAGUUGGAAGUGCAAUCGAGCUCGAGGGUCUCGUCGAGGAGCGUCGCGAGUCUCAGCCUGCUCCGGUGCGAGCACGACGUGGGCCGAAGGAACCUACUCAGGCAGAUCUCGAGCAACGCGAAGCAGCAGCAUGAGUGCAACGUGGCCCGCGCCUUCAGCCAGGUGGAGGCGACCGGCCACCCGAAGAUCAUCUACACGUCUGAUGGUGAGGGUGCCUUGGUGGCGCCCAAGCGAGAGGCGACGAUCCGCCUCAGGAAUUUGAAGUUCGAGGUCGUGCCCGAGGAGGCGCCGGCCUACGACAGGUGCAUCAAUCGUGGCAAGAUCGGCGCCGAUGGACGGACGCCGCGCGAGAGGCACAAGGGCAGGGCCUUCCGCAAGGUGCUGCCGCCUUUCGGUGAGAUCAUCGUGUUCCUCCCGAGUGCGAGGCGCGACGCCAAGUUCGAGGGGCGCUGGAAGAUCGGAGUCUUUCUGGGCGUCAUCGAGAAGUCGACCGAGAUGCUCGUCGGCUACGACUGCAGUGUCGUGCGCGCGCGGUCGAUCAGGAACGUGGGUCUGGCCAAGUACGGUUCCACAGACGGAUGCCCGGGCUGCCUCGCGGCCCGGACUAACGCGGCAGCCAAGGCCCACAGCUCGGAGUGCCGUGAGCGCAUCCAGCAGGCCAUGGCGAACGACCCCGAGCUCGCGCCCCGUGUCUUCGGAGCAGCGGCCCGCCAGUUGGAGGCUGCUGACAGGGCGCCUGUGCGCCAGGAGGGCGAGGGCUCCUGGGCGCCGCUUCAAGCUGCCAGCCCGGCAGAGGCGCCGAUGGAGGUCGAUCGACCUGGCCGACGAGCUGCCCCGCGUCGGGGCUCGCCCGCGGAGCUGACGCAGGCAUCGAGGCGCCGCCUCGCGGCGCCAGGCGGCCCAGCACCCCUCGCGCCCGCGGUCAGCGGUGAGCAGCCAGGGGCGCCAGCGCAGGCGCCAGCCACGCCGCGGGCGCAGGCUGCUGGGCCGAGCGGGCUUCUGCAGGCGCCGCCUGGAGCUGGGGGUGCCAUGGGCGCGAACUGGCUGGAGCUCUGUGCGCUGCUGGCGGCUUUCGGCGACUGGAGACUGGCCGUCAGCGAGCUGUGCGGACCAGGGCGUUUCACGUCUCGGUCGAGUGCCUUCGACCUCGAGCCCGGCACAGCCUACGGCAUCAGGACCGGCUGCGACUUUAGCCAGGAGGGCGACAGGCAGCGGGCGCAAGCUACGAUCGAGCUGGAGCAGCCGCUACUGGUCACCGGCAGCCCGAUGUGCGCGCCGUGGUCGAACCUGCAGGCCCUCAACGUGUUCCAGGGUGUGGGCGCCAACGCCAUCAUGGAGCGAGGCGUCGUCCACCUGGUCUUCUGUGCCGAGCGCUACAAGGAGCAGAUCAAGGCUGGCCGCCUCUUCUUGCACGAGCAGCCAGCAUCAUCGAGGAGUUGGCGUCUCUGGAUGAUCCGAGAGAUCGCCGAGAUGCCAGGAGUACACUACGUCGAGUGUGAUCAAUGUGCGUAUGGGUUGUGGUGCAAUGACGCCAUCGGCCCAGCGCUGGUCAAGAAGCCUACGGGGUGGUUGACCAACUCUGCCGAGAUUGCCCGGGAGCUGACGCGUCGGUGUCCUGGGUGUGUUCGGCAUUGCCAGACGGUCGGUCUAGGUCGGCGCGGCAUGCGCACCAUCGAGCGGUACCCGACGAAGCUUGUGGCUGCGGUGCUGCGUGGGCAGCGUCGUGAGGCGAUCGCCCGCGGCCAGCUGGGUGCGCUGGAGGCUGGGCCACACCUCGACGAGCCGCAGGUCUGGGGCGCCUACCCGGAGUACUACACGGAGAUCGUUGACAACAUCAUCGGGGCCGCUUUGGACCCCGAGCUCGUGGCAGCUGGCCGCAAGGAGGUGAUGGAGUUCCUGCGCGGCCUGGGCGCCUACGUGUACGACACCAAGCAGCACUGCCGCGAGGAGACCGGGCGCGACCCGGUGCCCAUGAUCUGGGUGGGCGUCAACAAGGGUGACGACCGCAAGCCCAACGUCCGCUGCAGGAACGCCGAGGAGGACCGGCACGUCCUCAUGUUCCUGGACAUCACGAGGGCUCACCCGCACUGCGAGAUGAAUCGGAAACUGUGGGUGAAGGUGCCGUCGGAGGACCCCCGCUCGGCUGACCCCAACGUGCGCGGGCUGCUGGUCAGGUGUCUCUACGGCUGCCGUGACGAAGGCCAGAAUUUCGAGCUGCUGGUCCGUGUGACACUGGAGGGCAAGAUGGGUUUCUCCUGUGGCGUCUGGUGUCCCUGCACAUACCGCAGAGGCGACAGCAAGCUCGUGGCCUGCGUCUACGGCGACAACUUCGUGCUGAAGGGCUCCCGCGCCGACAACCUAGAGUUCUACCGCGAGCUGCAGAAGUGCAUGCGGGUCAAGCUCGAGGGUGGCGUGGAGCUCGAGGCGGGCUCUCGCCGCGCGCUCAUCAUGAUGCAGCAGCUGAACCUUUGGCGCGAGUCGAAGGCUCACUCAACGCCAGGUGUGAAGUCCAAGAGCGUGGAUCGUGGCAGGGUCCUGGAGGGCGAGGAGGGGACUCGCUGCCGCAGCCGGGUCAUGCGAGCCAGCUACCCCAGCGAGGACUGCCCGGACAUCAAGUACGCAGUGAAGGAAGCAGCGAAAUGCAUGCACGAGCCGUGCGAGCACGGCAUGGAGCUAGUCAAGAGGAUCGCCAGGUAUCUCCUGGGCCGUCCCGGGCUGGUCCAGAGGUUCCGCCGCCAGCGUUGGUCAGGUGUGCUCAAGGGCUUCUCGGACAGUGACUUCGCGGGCUGCCCGGAGAGCAGGAAGAGCACGAGCUGCGGGGUCUUCCAGCUGGGGGAACACAUGAUCAAGGUCCUCAGCGCGACUCAGCGCAGUGAGGCUCUCAGCUCAGGUGAGGCCGAGUGGUGCGCUCUAGUGCGCGCCGCGUCCUGUGGGAUCGGUCUGGUCUCGCUGGCGUGCGACAUGGGAUGCGAGCUGGAGUUGUGUAUGUUUGGCUGGCGACGCUGCGGCGGCCAGCGGGAUAGCUCGCCGCCGAGGGGCGGGGCGCAUCCGACACAUCGAGACGAAGACUUUGUUUUGUGGCUCCAGCGCCAUGUGACCGAGCGUCGAGUUAUCCUGUCCAAGACGCUCGGCAAGGUCAAUGUGGCAGAUCUCGGCGCGAAGCAUCUGGCGCAGAAG